AUGUGGUGGUGGGAUGCCAGGGUGACGACGCUCUUCAAGAGGAACCUGCAGCCCACGCUGACCUACUGGAGCGUCUUCUUCAGCUUCGGCCUGUGCAUCGCCUUCCUGGGGCCCACCUUGCUGGAUCUGCGCUGCCAGACCCAGAGCUCCCUCUCCCAGGUCACCUGGGUCUUCUUCUCGCAGCAGUCCUGCCUGCUGGUCGGCAGCUGUUUGGGAGGCAUCUUCAAGAGAACGUUGGCCCACUCCCUGCUUGCCCUCUUUGCAUCCUCACUUGCUAUCUCGGUGGUCUUUGCCAUCAUCCCUUUCUGCCACAAUGUGGUGGUGCUUGCAGUGGUCAUGGCCAUGGCCGGGCUGGCGAUGGGCUGUAUUGACACACUCUCCAACAUGCAGCUGGUGAAGAUUUAUCAGAAGGACUCUGCUGUCUUCCUGCAGGCCCUUCACUUCUUUGUGGGCUUUGGUGCCCUGCUGAGCCCUCUGAUAGCCGACCCUUUCCUGUCAGACACCAACUGCAUCCUAACCAAUGGCACAGCCAAUGGCAGCAGCAACCUCCCUCACAUCCGGAAGUCACUGGUCCCCCAUCAUCCUGGAAACCUGUCGCACUAUGACCUGCCCAUCAAAGGACUGGUGGUGACGAGAGUGUCCUACGCCUUCUGGAUUAUGGCUUUGAUCAACCUGCCUGUGCCCAUUGCAGUGUUCCUCUUGCUCUACAAGGAAAGGCUGGUGCCUUGUUGCCAGAGCAGCAGCCCCCCACUCCUGCCUGCUGAUGAGCUGGCGCUGGAAACACGGACAGCCGACAGGGAUGAUUCUUCCACUUCCUCACCAAAAUUUCAGCCAGACAUCGGGCACGAUGGCCUCUUUGGAUGUUGCCAGAGCAAGAACUUCCGAGGAGCUCCUUGCUCUUACUUUGCUGUCCAUGUGACUGGAGCCCUUCUCCUCUUCAUGACUGAUGGGAUCAUGGGCGAAUACUCAGGCUUCGUGUAUAGCUAUGCUGUGGAGAAACCACUCUCCGUGGGGCAUAAGAUGGCGGGCUAUCUGCCCAGCCUCUUCUGGGGCUUCAUCACCCUGGGCAGGCUGAUCUCCAUCCCUGUAUCCUACAGAAUGAAGCCGGCAACCAUGGUUUUCAUCAAUGUGGUCGGCGUGCUUAUAACGUUCUUCCUGCUCCUGAUUUUCUCCUACAGUGUUGUCUUUUUAUUUGUGGGGACAGCAUCCCUGGGUCUGUUUCUCAGCAGCACGUUUCCCAGCGUGCUGGCCUACACGGAAGACAUCCUCCAGUACAAAGGCUGUGCUACCACCGUGUUGGUGACAGGAGCUGGGAUUGGAGAGAUGGUCCUGCAGUUACUGGUAGGGUCGAUCAUUCACGAUCAGGGCAGUUACAGCUUCCUGGUCUGUGGGACCAUCUUCGGAGCCUUGGCCUUUACUUUCUACGUCUUCCUUCUGUUUUUCCACAGGAUGCAUCCUCAGUCCCAGUCAGAUCUGGAUCUGUCACCUGACAAACCACCACCACCAAUAGGGGAAGCUGGACUUUAUCAGAGCUAAAGGGAGUAGCGUGUCCGUUUUUGUAUUUGGAUUAAGCACACAGUCACUAUGAAUGAAAGAUUUGCCUCUCACAGCCUGGUUUAAACUACCUGAAUUUUCUACAAUCGGACCCGUUGGUUGCGACACCUUGUUCCCGCCAACCAGUUCUCCGUCACUUCCAGAGGCGGCUUCCUGCAGCAAGAAUGAAGGGACAAACUGCAGAAUCCGAGAAGGGCUGAAAUUUUGAUAUCUGAACAUUUAACUCUGGUCAACUCCCCUAUCCAUUCAGGAGGGCAGCUGUUGGGGGAAACUAUAGUGCAGUCACUUUACAGGCCUUGCAGUCUCCUAGUGUUUGUAGCCACUCAAACCAGGAGGCAUCUGUAUGGGUUGGUGGGCAUUCCUAAGCUGAUCAAAUACAACCAAUUUGCUGCAGGGUAAUAUUGGAGCUCUACCCUGUUGCUGUAUUUCUGAUGUCCAGAACAAGCUAUUAGCAUCUGCUUUGCAUGAAGAAGGUCCCAGGUUCAGUCUCUGGCAUCUCCAGGUAGGGCCGGGAGACACUCCUGCCUGAAAGCCACUGCCAGUCUCUGCAGACAGUACUGAGAUAGAUGGAUCAAUAGUCUGUCUCAGUAUAAGGCAGCUUCUUCUGUCCCUAUGUUGCAUUCAAAUAGCGUAGCUUCCCACAUGAGAUUUCACGUGGUGGCAGCCUAGUCUAGUUCAUGAUGUGUUGCGCUCAGCGGGACCAAAAUAUGCAGACCUUCAACCAUUAGCACAGUAGAAGGAAGUGUCUCUAGGCAGCUGUCCUUGAGGGAGCUGCCGAACCUCUGAAGUACAUGAAGCCAAACAUUGUUUGUUCCACUUGUGCAAUAUAACAAGAGGUGCCUUCCAGAAGCAGAAAUUGAAAGGUACUGGCUAUCCAGAAGGUAGCAGCCAUUUCAGUGACUGCUCAAAAGAGUAAGUAUUGGGAUAGUUUUGUAGACAUAACUUUGGCAGAAUUGAGCCGGCUUUGUUGCAAAGGCUGCCCAUGGAUAUAAAUAUGUAUAUAAAACGAAUGUUAAUGUAAUUGCUUGUCGCAUGAACUCGUGGAGUGACUAAGAUGGGACCCAGCAACUUCAUGAAGUAGAAAGAUCCCCCCCCCCCCCAAAAAGGCUGUCACACUGCUCACUUCAAAAUUGUACAUGAUACUGAAUUUUUCUGUUGCUAUGACUUACAGAAUGUUAUGUUGCAUGGGUAUGCACCCUCAUCUUUGAUUUCCAUGUUGCCCAAACCUUAAUAUACCCUCCUUGCGUACA